AUGUGGUCCAUCGCUGACCCCGUCCUGAUCGAUCGAGCCCGCCCAUCUGCCCGUCAUGCUUCGAUUCAGCAGCAUCCUAUAUCGCGAACUUUCGUGAUGUUGACCUCGUCGCCUUGGGCGGCGCUCCUGCUGGCCAGCGUCUUUUCUCACCCCGUGCUCGCCGCGUUCGCGGACGACUCUUGUUCGAGUUCUAUUAACCCGUUAGUAUUACCCAUAAAAAACGUCACCUUUCCCAAUGGCAUCGGCGCCAAUCGCGGCCUCAAGCUCACGCUUGGUGGCCAGGUUCAGGGCAUGCGCAUGUCCACCAUCUUAAACAACACGCGAGUGAGGAAUAGUCUGGACUGCCCAGACAACUCAACAUACGCUUUCGUCGGCUGCCAAGGAGCCUCGGGCAGUGUCUACGACACCACGGGGGGCACUUUCACCCAAGUCGUUAACAUCAAGGAUUGGAACGUAACAACCAUCGAUGCUCAGCCCGAAGAUGGCGAGACGACAGUGCUACACGGAUACGAUGUCGCAAACUUUACCGAUGCUCCCGCCGUAGCCUAUGGGUACCCGUUCGAGGUAUGGGCCGACUAUGACUCCAUGAACAAAAGCGCUAUUGCAUUGGGCGCAAACUCGUCCACGCUCGACAGCUUUGUGAGAAACGAUCUCGCGCCCACGACAAGCUUCAGCAUGGACUACGGCUCGACCUCGGAGCUCCAUCCGCGCGACGGCCAACUCAUCAUCGGCGGCUACAACGAAGCACGCUUCAACGAGUCGCUGGUGACCGAGUUCAACAUGUGGGGUGCCAACGCCCCAGUAGAAUGCCCUCUGCAGGUCCUCGUCUCCGAUAUCAUCCUCACCAACACGAACGGCCAUCACUCCCUCUUCGAUCCCGGCGUCAAGGUGGCCGCAUGCAUAGAUACUGUGCAGAACAGCUUCACCCUCACGCAGACCAUGUUUGCCAAGUUUCAAAGCCUCGGCAACCACACCAGCACCGACGGCCUUGCCUUUGGCGAAUCCGACUUCCCCAAGGCCCGCGAGUCCCUCCUCGGCUCCUUGACGAUCAAGCUAUCCAACGGCUACACGAGCGUCAUCCCCCACUACGAGCUCGUCAGCCACGUUCGCGGCACCGACGCCCGUGGUAGAUACGCCGUACUGAACAACAGCCGUAUCAGCACACCAGUCACCUCGGGCCUGAGCGACCUCGGCGACAACGUCCCCAUACUCGGCGGCGUGUUCCUGUCCCAGAACUAUCUUCACGUUGACUAUGACGCGGGCAAAUUCUGGCUGAGCCCGCAAGUCGCCAACGGUACCUUACCCGACCACAUAACAUCAUCAUGCAACGGUACCUCAUCCUCCAGCGAAGGCGACAAAGCUGCCCUGGGCGUCAAAGUCGGCGUGCCCGUGGCCAUCGUCGCCGCAGUAAUUUUCUUCGUAGCCCUCUGGUUCUGGCUGAAGAACCGCAAAUCCAAGCGCAACGGACAAUUCGCGGGCGCCUCCAGGUCCCUCCCGCGAUCCGAGAAGCGCGACGCGCCGGACUCCAAAUCCUCCACCACCAACUUUGGGGGCUACCCCAACGUCAACUACGCGAAUCCGGGAGGCCACAUGGAACUCGAAGGCGACCUCGGCCACGCCGUGGGCCACCAGCAGCAGCGGGCCGAACUGGCGGAGCCCGCUCCGGCGUAUAAGUCGGAGUGGCCGCGGCAAAACUCUAUUCAGGGCGAGAGCGCCACCUAUUACCAACAAUUUGAACAGCCGGGCGAGAGCUACGAGCUCGCGGACACGUCGCCGCACCCCCAGCCCGUCAUCCCGCCGGCGAAUCCGGCCCCCAUCAAGCGAAAGGACACCGGUCUGAGUGAUUGGGCGCCGAGCCCUGCGACGUUGAAGAAACAGAUGACGGGAUUCAGCGAGAACGUGUCGCCGACGAGUACACGGGCGAACAGCACGAGGGUUAAUCCACAUAUUUCUCCUGUUUAG